CUUCACUCUCCGCAGAGAGUAGACCUCCCUAGGCUGCGGCACUGUUGCGAAGGCAUCAUAUUAUGAGUAACAGUUCUUAUGCUCCACGGCAUCUACUGUCCACAAUGGUGCUACAUCCUUGGCCCUCCUCCUCCUUUUUAUUUUGCAAAAGCUGAUGACAGCAAAGACUCUGCUACAGAUUUCUCUCCUCUCAUUAUAGCAGUCAUUGGCAUCUUUGCAAUUGCUUUCAUUUUAGUCACUUACUACACCAUCAUAUCGAAAUAUUGCCGGCGAAGAGACAACGAUGGCAGUCGAGACAUAGACAUGGAGAAUUCGAAUCCAAACCAAGUUAGUGAAUCAUGGCAAGGCUCAACAACUGGCCUUGAUGAGUCCCUGAUCAAGUCAAUCAAAGUUCACAAGUAUAAGAGAGGUGACAGCCUUGUAGAAGGCACAGACUGCUCUGUUUGCCUAAGUGAGUUUGAAGAAAAUGAGAGCCUGAGGUUAUUGCCAAAGUGCAGCCAUGCUUUCCAUGUUCCUUGCAUUGAUACUUGGCUCAAAUCUCACUCUAGUUGCCCGCUGUGCCGGUCGAAUAUUGCUGCUCCUGCCAUAUCUUUGGUGCCCCAUCAUCAUCAACAAGUGCUGUCUCCAGUUCAAGAGAAUCCACAGCAGGAUCAAAAUGUGACUGCUUCAGAAUACCAGCACAGAAGCCAUGCAAGUGUUUUGGUUGUCCAAGAUUUGGAAGAGGUUGUAAGUCUUGCAAAUGAUCAUGUUGUUCCAAAGACCACAACUCAAGAUAUUGUUAGAGAAAGGGCUCACUUGGAGAAUACAGUGAACAGUUGUGAGAUUGGACAAGAUGGGAUCCCGCAAUUGAGGAGAUCAGCUUCUUUGAAUUGUGUUUCCAUUGCUGAUGUGUUGCAUUUACAUGACAAUGCAUCUCCUAAAAAUAAUGUGCCCCCUCUGCACAAUUAG